AGUAAAUUAGAAGGAUAAAAGCUUAUUUUAAAAGAUGAAAACAGGAACUGAAGGACUUCAUAAAGAUAAAGAUGGGAUGCAAUCUUAUGUGCCAAGGAAAGUCUGGGCAAAAAAAAGCAACGUGUCUUUAUAAAGAAAAUAUAUGUUAUUUGGGGUAAGAAUGAUUUCAGCUUUGAUCCCAAACAUUGCAAGACAACAGUCCUUCUUUUCUUGCCAGGUCAGCUAUGCUUUUGGCUCCCAUGUUCUGAAUGACAAGAGGCAGUUCCCCUUGUUCUAUCGGACGGUCCCCAAAGAAGAGGCCGUUUACCCAGCGAUUGUCAAGCUGCUCCAUCACUUCAGAUGGACGUUCAUUGGUCUCAUUGCUCCAGACACCGACAAUGGAGACAGGUUCAUGAAGACAUUGACACCUGUGCUUGAAGAGAGUGGCAUUUGUGUUGCCAUCUCACAAAGAAUUCCAGACUUGAAUAGAUUCCAUUUGACGUUCAAUGUUCCUGCAUUAGAAAAGUGGGGACAAGUCCAUGUAUUUCUUUAUUAUGUAGAAACGACUUAUUUCUUGGUGGGAAUGCAAAUUGCAGAAAUGAUGUUUGACAUGAUGGUCAAACCCACUGCAGGGAAAGUUUUGAUCACAACAUCUUUGUGGGAUUUCAGCGUAGACUUCAUUAACUUAAUCAAGAUUGGUUUAAAUUUCCAACAGUUCCACAGUAUUCUUUCUUUCUCUAUUGGGACAAAAAAAUGGGCAAAAUAUGGUGAUUUUGAUGAGUUUUUCUUUGCAAUUAAGCAAUUUUGGGAGGAAGCUUUUACUUGUUCCAAUAUAUUGCAUGCAUUGUCAGUGAAAAGCUGGACAAGAUGCAGAGAAAGGGAGGAACUGGAGAUGCUGCCCCAAGACCAUCUGGAAAGACUCUUAUCUCUAAACAGCUACAGGAUUUACAACACUGUCCAAGCUGUGGCCCGUUCCUUAAAUGCUGCAUAUUCCUCUAGAUCUAAGUGGAGGUUGAAGGACAGUCUGCAAGUUCAAAGGCUACAGCCAUGGCAGGUAUUUCCUUUCCCAUCAAUGACAUCUCAGCCAAACAUCACAAUCAAUUGUACAAUUCCAGAAUGGUUGCCUUGGAGAUUGUCUGAGAACUUGGGGGAUGUAGGGGGGAGGUGAGAUUUUGCAAACCCCUUUGUGAAGUGCUAUGAAUUGAUUCCUUUUUAUCUCCUCUCCGAUGAUAGUCUCUCUGGGAACAGUUCCCACCACUAGCCGAACCUCUUCUUUGCCUUGAAGUGGCCCAUUUGACCCCCAGCCCCUCCAUAAGAAUUCCCUUGGGCAGGGAAGAUGGCAUUGCACAGGCUCUCUCUCCCAAAGCCUUCUUCUCUCCUGUUUAGGGAGAUACUUUGGCACCUACUGAGCUCCACUGAGCUCUAUCCUUUGUCCAAAGAUUGUGUGUGUUGAUGGAGCCUGUAUUAAGUGCCUGAGCGACUCAUGUUCUUCUUACAACAGAGUUUAAUAUAUAUGCACAUUUGUCAUAUUUCUGGUGUAUUUAUAUUCUGUUUCCAUUAAUAUUCAAUGAUCCAAAUUUUCCAUUUUAUAUAGAAUCUUGAAUAUUUUAAUAUGGAGCAGAUAAUACCUUCAAUCAUCAUCUGAGGCCCUUCUUCAUACGUCUCCUUCAUGAAGAGUCUGGAGGGUGGCAACAUGAGAAUGUGCCUUUUCUGCAGUGGCUCCCCGUUUGGAGAAUGCUCUCUCCAGGGAGGUUUGUCUGGCACCUUCAUUAUACAUCUUUUGGUGCCAGACUGGAGUCACAUGCAGCUCAGAACAAAGAGGCAGUCAGUUGUUAACUAUUUAUUCAAGAUAACUGGCAUUAACUCAGUAACACUUCCCAAUCAGUCUUUUUUUAAGCUUUUAUUUAUACUUUUAUUUACAAUCAUUUUAACAUUUCAAAGUUAGACUUCCUUCUCCCUCUUUCUGCGGUUCCUUAAAUUUGCUUUUCAAUAUCUUCUGCAUAUCCAAAUUCAUUUAAUUUGCUCAUUUAAUUGUCUACUUUAAAUAUAUAUUCUUAUGAAACUGCAGGUUAUUACAACAACCCUGCCAAUGUUUUUAUCUGUUUGCAAUAUAUCUGUAAAUAUUCAAUAAACCUUUUCCAUUCUUUUAUAAAAAGGUUUGUUAUCUUGAUUUCUUAUUCUUCUGAUAGGUUUGGCCAUUUCUGCAUAUUCCAUAAGUUUUUGUGUCCAUUCUUCCUUUGCUGGGUUUUCUGCUUCUUUCCAUUUUUAGGCAAGUUGCAUUCUUGCUACUGUAGUUGCAAACAUAAAUAAAUUUCUUUACAAUUUGGGUAGUUCUGCCCCUAUAAUUCCAAAAGGUCUUGCCCCUAUAGAGCAGUUGCCAGGACUGAGCGGCCCUGCAACCCAUUCUAAGGCCCCAACGCUCUUGGAUGUUUCCCAAGCAUCUCAAACUGCAUUUGUGCACCUCUCGUCUCUGUUCUGCCCUUCACAUUAUCCUGCAAGUUUUUUGAGACCAGGGACAAGGGGAGCUUGUCUCAGUAGGAGAGGGAGAGUCUAUGGAUUCUCCAGCAGCAUCUUGACCCCUCUCCUCUGCUUCAGCCUCAGAGUCUGAACUGCUCCCCGUCACUGACUCUCCCUGCUCACUAAACCCUGUUGCCCCUUCAGCAUCUAGCCCCUUAUCGCCAUCUUCUUCCUCUGACUUCUCCUCAGUCUCCCAUCACCAAUCCCCUGGCUCUGAGCCUUCCUCCCAUGGGGAUUCCCUUGAGGGUUCGCUGCCUGGUGCCUCCCACAAUUCCUCAGACUGCCCAACCAGUCCCUGACACUCUGUAGCCAAUCCCAAAUGAGAGCAGAUCCAAGCAUGAAAUGUGCAGAGUUGAAUAGUCAGUGUUGUUCCCCUAUUCUAUAUAUUUCCCCUAUUCCCUUUUCUCUGCCAUUCUAGCUCCACUCUUUCCUGGGAGAAGCCCAAUUUUACAAUUCUUCAAUUGAUGGUGUGUAUUUGGAUGAGAAUGGGGAACUGGCAGCUGACAUGGACAUUGUGAACUGGGUGGUGUUUCCCAAUCAGUCCAUCCUUAGAGAGAGGAUUGGGAGCAUCAAUAGACAGAGACCCCUAGACCUAAAGUGCACCAUCGACCAGAAUGCCACUGUGUGUCCGAAAUGGCUCAACAAGGUGGGGAAAAUAAUUUUAUUUUAUUGGAUUUCCCAUCCCAUAAACUCAAAUCACGUCACCAUGCAUUUCUUGUAGCUCUAACAGUCCCUGUGAAACUGUGUAUAUGCAUGAAUAAGCUGCUAUGGGAGUGUAAUUUCAAGGUGGUUGCUUAUUUUAGUAACUUAAUUAGGUAGCCAAGGGUUUUCCCCAUUCCCUGUCAUAUUUAAAUCAUAAAAAAUCUAAAAUCUGUAGGAGAGUGUGGCUUUUAGCAGCCUCACUGCUGGCAAUAUUUCCUGAAAUGCUCCUGUAAAUCCAUGUUCGAUGAAGCAACUUCCAGAAAAGUGUUGAAAGAUUUGUUUGCAAGAAGAGAUGGCCUCCUGACUUGAACCCUUCAAUGAAAUUUAACCAUCCCUCAACAUUUCCAACAUUUCCUCUCCCAACCCUUUUAGUGAAUGAAAAAAUAUUUUUGGGAAAUACUGUCCCAGCUCCAGUUCAAACACACGUUGCAGGAAGAUGAACCACUUCACCAG